AUGACCGACCUUGAUUUUGGAAAUCUAUCCAGCCAGGUGCUCACGACUGCCGGCAUAAUGCACCAUCAGACAAAGCUGGAUGUAUUUAUUAUUAGGGCUUAUAAGCUGUUGUCGAGUGGAUCCAUUAUAAACAGUAAUACACUUCAAAGUGUCACAAGCUCGCCGCAGACUACAUCUACUACACCAGCUGCAGCCACGACAAAUAAUGGAAACAGUGGUCCUGCAAUUAAUACGACGAAUGGGAGUACAAUACAGUACCAAUAUUCACAACUAUUUGGGAAAAUCUCAAAAUUGUACAAUGCAACUAUAUCAUCAGGAGCCAUAGACGAUAGGUCCACAUCACCCAAGAGUGCGAUUGAACUGUAUCAAAGAUUCCAGCAGAUUAUCAAGGAGCUGGAGUUGAGUUAUGAAGUGAGUCCAUAUGGUAGGUAUUUCCAGAGACUGGAUCAAAGCCUGUGGCAGAUCAAGGAUGAUGUUGAGUUAAGAACAGACAAGCUCUGGAAACUGGUAUCGAUGAGCAUAUUCUCAAUCUAUGAUCCACGAACAGGCCAGAUGAUUAAUCAGGGUCGCAGAAAGACUGGUGGGUCCCUUGCCGCAUCAACAAAAGGUUCCCCAACUGAAAUGAUGAACAAUACAGGUAAUGGCAAAGCUCCAGCUCGCCCUGGUUUGGUGAAUGAGGCUAUAAAUCCAACUGUGAAUAGCAUGAUGAUGGAUGCUUCGAUACCGCAGCAACUACAGAAAAGGUUACAGACCAUCUCGCAGGAUAUAAACUCCAGAUCACUCAAUGGUUACUAUACGCAACCGACGAGUCCCGGCCAAGGUGGUAGUUUUGGAUUUGGACUCGAUAACGAUGCCACACUUUAUAACCCAACAAGUUACGGCAAUAACAAUAGUACAGGAACUUCCUGGAAGAGGCGAUCUUUGGGAUCACUAGCAGAGAACGAGCUCGACGAUGAAGCAGUGGAAGAACUAUUGCAAUUGACAAAUACCAGCAAACGGCAAAGAACUGCCACACCCAUAAACUUUAACAACAAUCCAUCAGCAAAUACAAACAACAGCAUGAAGACAAGACAACCUAAUGAGCAUAAUACAGCGCCCAUCAUGAAUCCCACAGCGAACGUGGCACGCAACGCCACGGCAAAUACAGCCGCAGUGAACGAACUAACAAAUCCAACUUUCAAUAACGGCAUGAGCAAUGCACUGGUCGCCGGCGAUACACUGGUUCGACAACUAAAAGAUACUUACGAAUCUCUAGUAGCGGAAAAGAAUCAGAGGAUUGUUCAAUUGGAGCGUGAAGUCGAAUUACAAAGACAAGAGACCCAAUGGCUCAGGAAGAUGCUCAUCGAAGAUAUGGGCUGCGUGAGAAGCCUUUUAAAAGACUUGAGGCGGUAG